AAAUAUCGUCAGCGGAAGUUCAUAUUUCGCCAGCAGACUGUUGUGAGAGCAGCAGAUACCCAGUUGAAAUAAUAAUAGUGGAGACUAAUGCAGCAUGAAUGAUCCACUGGACAAUGACCUGUUUGACAUUCCAGACUUUGAGCAAAUAGAGGAUGAGUCCUUUCCUCCGCUCCCUCCACCCUUCUCUCCUGGAAACGCAGGAGAGGGAGACCCUUUUGCUAACGGUGAGUUACAGCAUGACGUGUCCAAGCUAGCGGAGGGUCCUGCUGCUAGACGGAGAGGCGUUAAGAGGCCCCAGCCCAAACUAGACUCUCAGAGACUGACAUCUGAAAGAGGCCUUCCGGCUCUACGCAACUUGUUCAACAACAUUCACUUCAAAGGCAAAGGACAUGAGGUGGAGGACCUGCACACGCUCAUGCAGCGCAUGGAGAACUGGGCCCACAGGCUGUACCCCAAGCUGCCCUUCCCAGACUUCAUAGACAAGCUGGAGACACUAGGGAGCAAGAAGGAGGUGCAGACCUGUCUCAAGCGAAUACGGUUGGACAUGCCAAUCACUCAUGAAGAUUUCAUUGGUGAGCAGGAGAAGGCAGGGCCGGAUCAAGAGGAUCGUAUCCACAACAACAUGGAUCCUUUUGAACGCUUUCCUGAAGAUGCCCUGGAACAGGUCCCUUCUACCCCUGUCCUCUCCUCUCCCCCUGCCGUCUCCUCUCCCCCCGCCCUCUCCUCCACCCCUAUCCCUGCUCUCUCCUCCACCCCCGCCCUCUCCUCCACCCCUAUCCCUGCUCUCUCCUCCACCCCCGCCCUUACAGAGGAACAGCAACAACGCAUCAGGCACAACAAGCAGCUGGCUCUGGAAAAAAGACUGGCCCUCAUGCAGCAGAAAACAAACUCCCCCACAGGAUCCCAGGUCGUCUCCAGUCAGCAGCAUCCCGGCGGAGAGGAUCACGAGUGAUGAGCCAUCAGCUGGACCUGGGGGGCUGGGGACCUGGGGGGCUGGGGACCUGGGGGGGCUGGGGGGCUACACUCAGGGUGCCGCUGGGCUCCCUGGGUUUUUGUGUUCAGGACUGUUCUUAGGAAAAGAUGUGACAGAUGAGUCCAGUUAGGGCUGCUCAAGAACCAUUUUAUUUAGUAGGUUUCACCACGUUAUUUUCAUUAUUCUGAACACAUCUUACCUCUCAAGAUUUGUGUCAAGUGCAUUUUUAUCAUACCAUAUUUUUCUUUUGGGGUUUAAAAAAAUUAAACUUGUUAAUGCAAUUGAAAUCAGACUUUAAUGCCUUUUAAUAAAGUAAUGUGUCUUUA